CAGCUGAGUGGCCCUCGCCUCUAUGGUUUGGCGUGGACCUUUUGCGAGGCAGCUGAGAGGUGGAGAGUGAGACAAGAGAACCGAGAGGAAGAAGGCGAGGGGUGCAACAACAAGGUGAAGACAAAGCGAGUGCAGGAGGACUGUGGACAUGGAUGCCCUCGCACUCGAGGCCACCAGCACCAAAAAGCCGGCCAACGGGGCGGCGGCGCCCCCCCCGCUGCUGGCUCCACCCCCGAGCAAACGCAAACCUGCUAAAAAAGCUAAGAAGGCUGUUGUUUUCUUCGAGGUGGAGAUACUGGACGCCAAGACCAAGGACAAGCUCUGCUUCCUGGACAAGGUCGAGCCAAAUGCCACCAUCGGAGAGAUCAAGUCCAUGUUCCACAAGAGCCAUCCUCAGUGGUACCCAACCAGACAGUCCAUUCGCCUGGACGCCAAGGGGAAGUCUCUGAAGGACGAGGAUGUUCUGCAGCAUCUCCCUGUGGGAACCACGGCAACCUUCUACUUCCGAGACCUCGGGGCCCAGAUCAGCUGGGUGACGGUCUUUCUGACGGAGUACAUGGGUCCACUGGUUCUCUAUCUGAUGUUUUACUUCAGAGUUCCCUUCAUCUACGCAGCCAAAUACGACUUUACCACCAGUAAACACUGGGUCGUACAUCUCGCCUGCAUGUGUCACUCGUUCCACUUCGUCAAGAGGCUGCUGGAGACGCUGUUUGUCCAUCGCUUCUCCCACGGCACAAUGCCGCUACGCAACAUCUUCAAGAAUUGUACCUACUACUGGGGCUUUGCAGCAUGGAUGGCCUAUUACAUCAACCACCCGCUGUACACCCCACCCAUCUACGGCGAGCAACAAAUCCGUCUUGCCCUCGUCUUAUUCCUGUUCUGUCAGAUCGGCAACUUUUCCAUCCACAUUGCUCUUCGGAACCUCCGUCCACCAGGGUCUAAGACCAGGAAGAUUCCCUAUCCAACCAAGAACCCCUUCACCUGGAUCUUCCUGCUGGUCUCCUGCCCCAACUACACCUACGAGCUGGGCGCCUGGCUCGGCUUCACGCUGAUGACCCAGUGCCUGCCGGUGGCUUUCUUCACCUUGGUGGGUUUCAUCCAGAUGACUGUGUGGGCGAAGGGGAAACACCGCAGCUACCUGAAGGAGUUCCGCGACUACCCCCCUCUGCGCUCGCCCAUCCUGCCCUUCCUGCUUUAGAGGACUAAAGUGCUGCCCUCGCCCCUUUAGCUCUCCCCGCUUGUAGGAGUCAAAUACAUCCCCACCCCCAAAUGAGAGGGUGCUCUCCAGUUUUCCACCUUCCAAACUGCAACUGACUGAAUCUUACCAUGUGUUUUUCCCCUUUGAGAACCAAAUCUUUUACCUCCUGUCUGCGAUCCGGGUACCGUUGAUUGUGGUGGAAAUUAUGAGUGCAAAUUUCUUUUUAUAUUUCUGUCAAGAGCAGUUAUUCACCUUCCCAGUACUGCGUGUACUGAAUGACAAACUGCACAUGUCCAACCACUCUGAAUCUGCAGUUUAGUUUUUGUAUCCAUUCAUCUAAAUUUGAAUGACAGGAUUUCAUUGAUGUGAGGUGUAAUUUAUUAAAAAAAGGUAAACCAAAAUGUCUUUUAUGUCGUACCCAUAAGCUGUGUGUUAACUAUGUUGCUGCAGCUCGUGAAAUAUUAGAGGAUCAAUUUGGAGUGAAAUGAGCACUUAUCUAGUUUGUACGUGGACAGGUCACACCUGGCAAUCACCCAGAGCACUAGUUUCACCUUAAGACAGAGGGUUGUAGAGCUUGAACCAUAUGGUUUAUUGUGAACAGAAGCACAUAUAUACAAGGAAGUAGUAUGCAAGGGUACACUGAUCACGCAGCUUCAGCCUGGUUCUCAAUUCUCUUUUUCCUCAGCUGCAGCCUCCUCUCUCUCUCGUACUCCUUCAUACGCAUCACAUAGCUGGAGGCAGAAAGACAGUUUCAUGCUAAAUGACCACGUGGAUACACAGCACAGGGAAACUGUCUUGAAUAUACUCAUGUGCCAUUAGAGUCUUUAAGAAAAUCUACUUGGUUAAAAGAUCUUUUGAUGUCUAUUAACCCCACACCUUUGGAAAUGAAUGUCAGAGUGCACGCAUUUGGUAAAUCCAUCAUAAAUUUGCAACUGCAGACUAUGAAGCUCAGUUGUCCCUCCACACAGAAAUGAUGUUACAUUUAAGCUAACGUAGUGGUACUGCAUCACAUUUUUAAUUUGUCAAAAAAACUUCAAAGACGUAUCAAACCAAACAUUAAGCAGAAGAGCUGUAAAUACACAUUAUUGCCACAUACAGCUUUAGUGAGCUAUAUUGAUCAUGACUCAAUAUUUAAUGCAUUCAAGGGCAUACCCUCUGGAAAGGAGUCUUGAAAUUGUGCAAUAUUACAAAACUGCAAGAAACAUGCAGUACCGCUAGGUUCACUUUCUUGAUUUCUUCAAAUCUUUGCACAUUGCAAACAUGCUUGGAGCGUGAUGAGGCGCUGAGCCAAGCGUUUGGAGAUUCUGAUCACAAAAAACUGCUCAUCACGUCCAAUCUAUACAUGUCUUAUCACAACGGGGUCGAAUAAAGACUAAAACACAACAACA